CCCACCCACCGCCCGAGCCGGGGGGGAGGGCAAGCGGGUCGGAGGGGGUUGCCUCGUCGUCUUCGAGGACCUUUCGGCCCCGUCAGAGGGAAGGAGGGGGUCUUUAUCCAUUUACCUCCGAGGGAGGCUGGUCGCCCCUUCCCGCCUCAGCGCCCUCUCUCGUUUGCCUCGAGGCUUUUUAGGGCUCCGUUUGACGGGGUACCAAGAGGCGGGCCUGGAGAGCAGCGUCAGUUAAAUUAAAAACCGAAGGACGACCCUUCAGACCCGUUUCGCAUAGGCCGGUACUUGAAGUCUCCUACGUGUGUCUUGAACUACCAUGUCAUCAUGGCAAGAUUUCGCAGAAGAACAUGCAUCAUUUUGUUACUUUUUAUUUUAUUUAUUUGCUCCAUAAUGAUGGCCUUGAAAAAUCUGAGACCUGAAAGAGCUGUGUUUGGAGAUCCAUUUGGUAUUGGCCUUUUACCAGAUUUUCAGCAACGGACCACACAUUUAAAGAAUAAAUUCAGCAUGAAGCAUGCUAAAGAAGAUAGCUUCACACAGAGUAACAAUCUGCACACUCUGAGUAUGAAUAUCAAAGCCUCAACAGUUUCUGUAGGGAAACAGGAAGAAGAUUUACCAUCUCUUAAUUACAACUUCCAUGUGUUUUACUACAGCUGGUUUGGGACUCCACAGUUUGAUGGAAAAUAUAUUCACUGGAACCAUCCUUUGUUGACACACUGGGAUCCCAAAAUUGCAAGUGGUUAUCCAAAUGGAAGACACAGUCCUCCAGAAGAUAUUGGAUCCAGCUUCUAUCCUGAACUUGGGCCUUACAGCUCUAGAGAUCCUUCUGUUAUAGAAGCUCACAUGAAACAGAUGAGCUCAGCUUCUAUUGGUGUAUUGGCUCUUUCCUGGUACCCCCCUGGUAUGGCUGAUGAAAAUGGAGAACCAGCCGAUGGUCUGGUGCCUACAAUUUUGGAUAUUGCCCAUAAGUACAGAUUAAAGGUCACUUUUCAUAUUGAGCCAUACAAAGAUAGAGAUGAUCGCAGUAUGUACAACAAUAUCAAGUAUAUCAUCGACAGAUAUGGAGGUCAUCCAGCCUUUUACAGACAUAAAAUCAACACGGGUAGAACCCUUCCUAUGUUUUAUGUUUACGACUCUUACAUAACAAUCCCUGAAAUAUGGGCUAAUCUACUCACUGUGUCGGGAUCCCAAAGUAUACGUAAUACACCAUAUGAUAGCUUAUUCAUUGGCCUCUUGGUUGAAGAAAAGCACAAGCAUGAAAUCCAUAGAAGUGGCUUCGAUGGAAUGUAUACAUAUUUUGCCACAAACGGUUUCUCUUAUGGAUCAAGCCAUCAUAACUGGCCAAGUCUAAAAGCUUUUUGUGAUACAAAGAACUUAAUAUUUAUUCCAAGUGUGGGCCCAGGCUAUGUAGAUACCAGCAUCCGUCCAUGGAACAAUCACAAUACACGGAACCGGGUCAAUGGCAAAUACUAUGAGACUGCAUUCAGUGCUGCACUUCUAGUACGGCCUGAAAUAAUUUCCAUCACAUCUUUUAAUGAAUGGCAUGAAGGGACUCAAAUUGAAAGAGCUAUUCCAAAGAAAACUGGAAAGACAACAUAUCUGGACUACUUGCCACAUAAACCAAAUAUUUAUCUGGAACUCACUCAGAAGUGGUCUGAAAAAUAUAGCAAAGAAAAGGAGCAGUGGCUUACAUGAGGUGCUGUUUCGCAAUUCAACAAUGAGCUAAUCACUGUGUCACUGAAAAAUGGUGAACAUUUUGUGAAGCUAUGGUCACUGUACUGGUAUAGCUUUGUUAGAAGAAAUUUUCAUUCUAAAGAGUCAAGGAGACAAUGGAAAGUAAUACUACAUCCUUGGGUUCUUGUAUUAUACAGGGAAUAUGCUAACAAUGCUACAUAUAAUGUGUUUUAAUGUUCUAUCUAGAUAUUUCAAAUACUCUGUCCAGAUUAUUUGAUACACUGUUGAAGUGGAAUGGUACAUAGCUUAUUUCAGCAUCCCUUUAGAACAAGGUAAAUUUAGGAAGUAGCUUCCAGUGCAAAGUGAAGAGAUGCAAUCAGGAUACAACAAAUUCCUCCCUGUGCAAAGUCUAGAUCCCUGUCUUGGAACAACUAAGAACAAAAAUUUAGACAUUGUUUCUUGAAGAGUAGUGUGUAAGCAGUGCAUGAAACAGCUUAUCCAAUGGUAAAGAACACUUUUUUAGUGGAAGAACUACUUAAAAAUUACUUAGAGCUGUAUUGGAAUACAGUUUUUUCUCCAGUGAAGCUCCCAUAUAUUUCAGUGCAGAAAGCCAGUCUUGGUUAUAGAUGUCCACAGUGUGUAAAUUUUGUAUUCCCAGUUGUCCACAGUGUGCAUAUUUUGUCCAUUAUAAUAAGUUGUAUCUUUGUAGUUGCUUUUGGUUUUGUUGUAAAUGAGUGAUGUGAAAUUAAUAGCAAUUGUUAAUUUCAUUGUUAAUUGUUAAGAAAGGUUCACUAAUGUUGCUUGGCAUUAUGUAAAGACUUUCAAUAGCUAACCAGCUUUUAUGUGGUGGUGCUGUCAGCAUAUAACUAGAACUAAGAAACACAAUGGAAGUCUUAAAGGAGUGCCACUCCAGAGAGCAUUUCAGCUUUGACGUGAGUUCUAAGAGAGUGGGAUUGGGGCCCUGUUUGAAGUGGGGCCCUUAAAACUCAGUGCAAGUGGAGCAGCCACUUCAUUUUGUUUGGAUAUCAGCCAUCUGAAACAUCUUCAAAGAAGAUAACGUUUCUAGAAGUAUAUCUUUUUAUAAAAAAGUCUGAAAAAUUAAUAAUAGUAUAAACUGUUGGUCAUGUGAUCAUUUGCAGAGGUUAAAGCAACUUUAAUUUUUUUAGCAGUGCAAGUAUUAUCAGUUCAUAAGUGAAAACACGAUAGAUUUGGUAGAGAGAAUUGAAGGUGCCUCAGAAAAAAGCCACCAAAACCGUGUCUUGGGAAUACACAAGUAUCCUUUAUUUGCACUUUUACUUGGUGAUAGUCUUAUUAAAGAGAUGGAAUAAUGUGUAAACAGCUGCACAUUUAUGCUAAUGGUUCAGUCUCCUCUUACUGAUAUUUAUAGUCUCAGGAUUCAGGCAUUUCAGAACGCUGUCAUGUUAUUGCCCCGAUACAGAAAUCCUUUUUAUGUAUUGUCUUCCACACAAAUACACUUUUCUAGCACAGUCUUUUGAAGUGAUUUAGACUGAAUUAAUAAAAACAAUAAGUAUUUUGUUGCUUUAGGUUUGUCCCUUAAAUUUAAACAUUACAUACGAGAUGCAGCUUGAUUGUGGGGAGCCUUUUCCAACACACUAGGCCUUUGUUUGCCAUAUCAGAUAGGAGGGUAGUACCACAAGAGGAGUUGUACUUUAUGUGUAAUGAUGGUCUACAGGAAGUUGUGAUACUCGCUUGAGUGCCUUAUGAUGUCUAAAUUGAAAGUGCCUCUCUGCUGAGCUUCUUUAAUACUUUUCCAAAACUAAGUAAACUAUGGAAUAUGA